UCACUUCCUCUGGAAAUGGGAAGUUGAAAAGGAUUUGGAAAAAGCUCUAUUUCUAUUCCAUCUCCUUAACCAACCUCUUGCUCCUUCUCAUGUUCCUCUGAAAUGGGAAAGGGCUAUGAGAGAGCACACAGAAUUAAAGAACUAGAGAAAGAAAGAAACAGAUGCAUGUAUGUAUCUAUAUAGAAAGAGGAAAAUGCCACCAAACGGGAUAUAAUUAGCGGAUUCCCAGUGCAAAUGUAGAAAAUUUGGCGGUUUGGGACAUCAUCAAUUUCUCUUCUAUGAUCAUGCUUUUCCAUUAAGAAAAAUCUCUUUCUUUUUCCCUCUGUAGAUAUAAUCAAGUAUUCCUAUAUAUGUUAUCAUAUUCGGAGGGAUUUGCAGCAGAAGAGAGAACUUUCGGAGAGGGGUGGCGGGUCUGAAAUUUCACACUCAUUAUGCUUUUUGAAGACGUAAAGAAAGAUUUUGGAUUCUUAAAGCCGGAUAGGUAUGACACUUUAAAAAAGAGUGAUGAUAUAUUUGAAGAUGUUUAUGGUCAGGUUUUAGCCCUUCUGCAGUUUUCCUUUAUUUCCUACAGAAUUUUUAAGGAAUCCCUGGAAGCCUUAAGCAUGUCGAGAGUCAGGUGGUUGCUCCAAGGUCUGGAUAUAAAGGCAUUUGUCUUUUUAUUCCUGAUUGUUCCGACAGGCAUGGUUGGCAUAUAUUUUCACGAGCAGAAGAUUAGCUACUUCCUUCGGCCGCUUUGGCAAUCUCCUUUGAAGCCCUUUGUCCCCAUAACCCACUAUUAUCAUGAGAACGUCUCGAUGGACGCUCUUUGCAAGUUGCACGGGUGGGGAAUUCGAGAAUUCCCGAGGCGUGUGUUUGAUGCGGUUCUAUUCAGUAAUGAAGUCGACAUGCUCACAAUCAGAUGGAAAGAACUGAAUCCUUACAUUACACGGUUUGUUCUUCUUGAAUCAAAUUCUACAUUCAGUGGCUUACUCAAACAUUACUAUUUCGAUUUAAACUGGGACGAGUUUAAAUUUGUGGAGCCUCGAUUGACUUAUGCAAAAAUUAGUGGAAGAUUUAGGAGAGGUGAAAGCCCGUUUGUCGAAGAGGGGUAUCAGAGGGUUGCACUCGACCAACUUCUCAAAAUAGCUGGCAUCGAGGAUGAUGAUUUGCUCAUAAUGUCUGAUGUCGAUGAGAUUCCUAGUAGCCACACGAUCAAUCUAUUGCGAUGGUGUGAUAACAUCCCUCCGAUCCUUCAUCUUCAGCUGAAGAACUACUUGUACUCCUUUGAGUUUAAAUUUGACGAUCAGAGUUGGAGAGCUUCUGUUCAUAGGUACCAGAGUGGGAGGACUAGGUACGCACAUUAUCGUCAGACGGACUACAUACUGUCUGAUGCCGGUUGGCAUUGUAGCUUUUGUUUCCGCUAUAUAAGCGACUUCAUAUUCAAGAUGAAAGCCUACAGCCACAAUGAUCGAGUGAGGUUCUCUCAUUUUCUCAGUCCGAAAAGGAUUCAGGAUCUUAUUUGCAGAGGGGCCAAUUUGUACGAUAUGUUACCUGAGGAAUAUACCUUCAAGGACAUAAUCAGCAAAAUGGGAUCUAUUCCCCAUUCCUAUUCGGCUGUUCAUCUCCCCGCGCAUUUGUUGAAUAAUGCUGAGAAAUACAAAUACCUUUUGCCUGGGAACUGCGUAAGAGAACGUGGCAACAGUGUCGUACACAAGCAUACCCGGUUCAAAUAUUGAGUUUCUGAUGAGCCGAUGCUGGGAUUACGCGGUACAUUAGGCUUUUUUCUUACUCAUUUGGCAUCUGAAAAGUUUCUGUAGAGCAUGACUUGAGGGUUAACUUGCUUAGCUUUUAGUUGUUUUCUGUAUUUCUCUACACUAUAUUAUUUCUCUUUUGGAGGUUAAGUAAUAUUUCUGUAUUUUGUUACUUAUGGAUUUUCUUUGUUCUUGAACUCCUGCAUUUAUGCUAGAACUUAUCAUAACUC